AAUUUUGAACUUCCAUAGCAAUAAUUUCUCUCUGUGUUUUUGGUUCCCUCCUUUCACCCAUGGCAAGUCUUCCAAUUGUCCAAUUUGAAGAGAAGAUUUUACAAACAGUGGAAGAGAAUCCGGUAGUGGUGAUAAUCGGAGAGACUGGAUCAGGGAAGAGCACCCAGCUCUCUCAGAUGCUACACCGUAGAGGUUACACCAAGUCUGGAAUCAUUGGCGUCACUCAGCCCCGCCGAGUUGCCGCCGUCUCUGUUGCAAGACGAGUUGCACAGGAGCUUGGUGUUAGGCUUGGGGAGGAAGUAGGCUAUGCCAUCAGAUUUGAAGAUAGAACUUCAGAUUUAACACGAAUUAAAUACCUUACUGAUGGAGUCCUCCUGCGUGAAAGUCUGUCCAACCCAGAGCUUAAUGAGUAUUCAGUAAUCAUAUUGGAUGAAGCCCAUGAAAGGAGUCUAAACACGGAUAUUUUGCUGGGAUUAGUAAAACGCUUGGUCAAAAUGCGAGCCUCCAAUUUAAAAGUUCUUAUAACAUCGGCAACUCUCGAUGGUGAAAAAGUAUCAGAAUUCUUUUCAGGUUGUCCUGUACUAAAUGUCCCUGGAAAGUUAUACCCCGUGGAAAUAUUGUACAGCAAAGAGCGUCCUAAAAGCUACAUUGAGUCCUCGUUACAAACAGCUAUUGAUAUUCAUAUUCAUGAACCUGAAGGUGACAUCUUAAUAUUCAUGACGGGCCAGGAUGAUAUAGAGAAAUUGGUUUCAAAGCUGGAAGAGAGAGUUCGAAACCUAGAGGAAGGGUCCUGUAUGGAUGCCAUUACCCUUCCACUCCAUGGUUCCUUGCCACCUGAAAUGCAGGUGCGUGUGUUUGCUCCUGCACCUCCAAAUUGUCGGAGAUUUAUUGUUGCAACGAACAUUGCUGAAACUUCUUUGACUGUUGAUGGUGUUGUGUAUGUCAUUGAUUCUGGUUAUGUAAAGCAACGGCAAUACAACCCGUCAACAGGCAUGUAUUCACUUGAUGUUGUGCAAAUUAGCAAAGUGCAAGCCAAUCAACGAGCAGGACGAGCAGGAAGAACCCGUCCUGGGAAGUGCUACCGGCUAUACCCUUCCAUGGUUUACGAAGAUGAUUUCAUUGAUGUAACGGUCCCUGAGAUACAGCGUUCUUCACUUGCUGGCAGUGUUCUUUACUUGAAAUCAUUGGAUCUUCCAGAUAUUGAUAUUCUCAAGUUUGAUUUCCUUGAUCCUCCUUCGAAUGAUUCACUGGAAGAUGCUCUAAAGCAACUAUAUCUAAUUGAUGCCAUUGAUGACAAUGGAUCAAUCACUAGUGUUGGACGGACAAUGGCUGAACUUCCACUAGAGCCCUCACUCUCAAGAACCUUAAUGGAAGCAAAUGAGAAUGGUUGCUUGUCCCAGGCAUUGACUGUGGCUGCUAUGUUAUCAGCAGAAACAACAUUACUUCCUGGUCGAAGUAGCAGGAAUAUUGAAAAGAAGCGGAAACACACUCCUAAUGAGGUUCACCUUCCUGAUGGUUCUGGUUUGGGUGAUCACAUCCAGUUGCUACAGAUUUAUGAGCAGUGGGAUCAAAAUGACUAUGAUAUUGGUUGGUGCAAAGAUAAUGGUUUACAGGUGCGAGGAAUGUUGUUUGUCAAAGAUGUUCGGAAACAGUUGUGUCAGAUAAUGCAGAAAAUAGCGAAGGGAUCAUUGGAUGUACGAGCAGACAAAAGAUACAUAAAAGGUCAACAGGAGUAUAGGAAUUUGAGGAAGGCCUUGUGUGUGGGCUAUGCAAAUAAACUUGGUCAAAGGAGUAUUCAACACAAUGGCUAUAGAACUAUUGGUUUCAAUUAUCAACUGGUUCAGGUGCAUCCAUCUUCUGUUCUAACAACCGAUGAAUAUGGAAUGUUCCCUGAAUAUGUUGUAUACCAUGAGCUGAUUUCUACCUCACGUCCAUACAUGCGCACGGUGUGUGCUGUAGAGGCUUCAUGGGCUGAUCCAAUCUUGGAAAAGAUUAAGAACCUGAAUGUCAACAAACUGAGUGGAGGUCUUGGUCAAAAUGGCAAACAUGGAACUGAGGGAGAGAUCUCAGGCUUGCCACAGAGAGAGCCUGUUGCUACUUCUGGGGCUCCUGAUGACCAUGAAAGUAAAAUUCAGGCUGCUAGGGAUCGUUUCCUUGCACGCAAAGGAAAGAAAUGACCAUCGCCAUCAUCUGUUUUUCAUAUAAAUGAUAGCAUUGGCAUGUCAAAUGCUGGAUUGUUUCCCCUGUUUAUUGGGGAUUAUUACUUGAAUGAGGCUUGCCAAAUUAUGCGUGCUAGGGAGACUUGGGAGCUUGACGGAUGAAGUACGAUAUUGGAUUGCUUUUUGGCUUCGAGCAGCAUUUAUUUCUCUACUCCUGGCACAUUGUGUCUCUGUAUAACGGUUCAAUUCUUCGGGUGCGCAGUGAUGCUUGUUCACGAUGCAGUGUCUGAAGGAAAGAUCCAAAUGGUAAACUUUUUGAGAUUUGGGGAAAUUGGAACGAAGCUGCUUAUUUGUUAAACUGAUUUCAGACAAGAAAAAUCUUUCGUUCCUAUGUUGUUUUUUCUGUUCAUAGGAUAGAGUUUGUUAAAAUUUGUUGCAGAUUACAAGUAAGCAGAGGCACACACUCCAAAGUAACAUCAUCCCUCCUUAAUCCUGAAUGAUUUGAAGUAAUGAAACGUCACUCAAGAAAGUCUAGAAAUUCCAAGUUCAUCCAGAAGAGUUUUCAGCUAGAUGUUUUCUUGGAAACAGGGAAAAAAGUCAAGGGAAGGGGAAAUUGGAUGGUGGCUCAAGAUAUAUGUCUACUACCAUUAGUACUAUUGAGGAUGUUGAAGCUUGAAAACUGAAUACUUAAUUCCAUAUAAAUAUUAACCUAGCUUAUUAAAAUUUUGCCAAAAUCUUUGGUAUUCUGGCGAAUCGAAUUUGAUUUUCAGUAGAUUUA